AUUCUUGUACGUGCAAUGGCCCUUACGGUUUUUACAUAACAACGCUCUCAGUCUACCGGGUUGGCUCGCGGGACGAGCAUAGAUUUGUGGAAAAGAAAGAAGAAUUUCAAAACCUGCGCGCGGAAGACGGGAAUUUUUUUGAAGUAAAACACUGCAGUAAAAAAACUGUUGGCUCGUAGCUCCACUGUAAACUGAUUAUUUCACAAAACCGACAACAAUGGCUGAAGCUAGCUUUGUAAAGGAUUACUCAGAAUCAGAAGCUGAACAAGUUUUAAAGAUUCUAAAUCAAAAAAAGUUAAACACGCAAGUAGAAGAAAUCAAGGAUAGUUGGGAGAGUUCUUAUGAACAGGAUUCUUCUCUCUUACAAAAGACAAAUACAAUAUUGGAAGAAACAGAAAAUUGGCAACAUUCAAUUGAAAAGAAUGAGAGAGAUGUCUAUACUUCGUACGUUCCGUCAGACGAGCUGCCUGUUCUUUCUAACAAAGAAGAAAUCAUAGCGGCGAUAGAUACAGAACCUGUGGUUAUUAUUCAGGGACCAACUGGUUGUGGAAAAUCAACUCAAAUUCCACAAUUUAUUCUCAACUCUUACAGAAAAAGAAGACAGUUUUGUAACAUCAUAGUUACACAACCGAGACGAAUUGCGGCAAUAAGUCUUGCCAAAAGAGUCGCCGAGGAAAGGGAGUUUGAUCGUCUGGUGGGUUACAAAGUGGGUAUGUUGAAAGACGUCACAGAAGAUACCCGCCUGACGUAUUGCACCACCGAAGUUCUUCUCAAUAUACUGAUUUACAAGAAGCACUCGUUCAAGUACACACACAUCAUACUGGAUGAGAUUCACGAACGGAAUCAAAAUGUAGAUUUCCUGUUGCUAGUUGUAAAACUAUUGAUGAAAAUGUGUAUCAUACAAGUGAAAGUUGUUAUUAUGUCGGCAACGAUGAACGUGCACAAAUUUGCUGAUUAUUUUUCUACAAGAGUGAAAGAGACAAGCGUCCCAGCGCGUAUUGUCAGAAUCCCGGAAAAGAGACGGUUCAAUAUCCAGAUGUAUUACUUGGACGACUUAAUCUCGUGUAUGAAACCAUUGCCAAAGGUGACUGCUGCCGAGCCAAAGAUCUCACAAUCUAUGAUCGAGUUAUGCGCAAAAAUUAUUAUCGCUUUGGAUGACAUUGAUUGUAACGACAUAAGCGAGAAUUCGCUUCAGAGACACACCGUCCUUAUAUUUUUGCCUGGCAAGAGUGAAAUCGAAGAAGUGCAAGAUUAUUUGUUGUCGAAUUAUGAGGACAAAUUGUGGGACAUGGUAAUACUGCAUUCAACGAUUUCUAGUGCCGAGCAACACAGAAUAUUUUACAAACCGCCAAAAGGUCACAGACGAAUUAUACUUGCUACAAAUAUUGCUGAAAGCAGUAUUACAGUGCCAGACGCAAAAUACGUAAUAGAUUUCUGCCUCAUAAAAAUACUGCAAGUCGAUUCCGCAACGCAGUAUCAAAGCUUACAAUUGUCUUGGGCGAGUAAAGCGAAUUGUAUGCAAAGAGCUGGCCGAGCCGGUCGCGUAAUGGACGGCAGAGUAUACAGAUUGAUACCAAAAGCGUUUUAUCACAAUAUUAUCAAAGAAGAGAGCGUUCCGGAAUUGCUUCGAGCUCCGCUCGCCAAUGUUGUUCUCCGUGCAAAAAUCCUCGACAUUGGCGAGCCGCGUACUAUUCUGUCUCUCGCCCUCGAUCCACCCAAUAUCGUCGACUUGGCGAAUACCAUUUUGGUGUUGAAGGAAGUCGGAGCUUUGAUAAAUGAGGACGAUUCCUUUCAACCGUACGACGGAAAGUUGACUGAUCUCGGAAGAUUAAUGGCGCUUCUUCCGCUUGACAUACGAAUUUCGAAGUUGAUUUUGUUGGGCCACGUUUUUGGGAUUUUGCAAGACGCUAUUGUCAUAGGAUGCAGCAUGGCUCUCAAAGACGUCUUCAAUAAUACUUUGAGGCCUACCGUAUCUUCUUACAUUGUUCGAAGAAAAUGGGCCUGCGGUUCCGACAGCGAUUGCAUUGCUGUUUUGAAUAUUUACAACGAAUGGAAAAAGGAAAAAGCGAUUCGCCGAUUGGCCACUAAACUGGAUGAGAAACAUUGGGCCGAAAUGAACGGGGUGAAUCAGAAGACUUUGCAUGAAUUGAACGCUCUGGUGUACGAGAUCACUGAUAGGUUGAUGAAAAAUGACAUUCAAGAAAGCGCUCAUGUUAACAAAGUUGUUUGGGAAGGUGACGAUCGCGAUUUCGUCCUGCAAGUUAUCCUCGCGGGAGCGUUUUAUCCCAAUUAUUUUGUCAAACAGUUUCACGAUCCCGAGGUUUUUAAGAAAGAGAUCAGCAGAACUCUAGGAGGCAUCUUAAGUCCUAUGAAUACAGUUUAUCUCAGAGGAUGGCCGAAUGAUCAGUUGGGAUACUUGUACGCGAAAAGAUUUCAAGAGAUUUUCUCAAGGAAUUUGAAAAUUCCAGAAAAACGAAUAGCGAUAACUUUUGACAAUUCGUCACGUGUUUACAUUCACUAUUGCAAGAAGCAAACUUCCGCUGUUAGUCUUCACACUCUGUCAGAUUUUGUUUACGAGGCUGUCAGGAUGAAAAUGUGCAAAGUGCCAAUCAGAAUAAAAGUGUUGAAUGAUACAAAGAAGGAGAAGGAGUUGGCGAUGCGACAUAAUAUUCAGAAAUUCGAGCAGAAACUUUAUUUCACCAAGAAUAAUAAAUCAAUAGAGAAUAACGUUCCUAAAAUCAGACCAAAAUUGCCCGAACUUGAUGUGACAUUUAUACCACUGUCUAUAAAAAAGAUUGUCAACCCGGAACAUUUUUGGGCAAGUUUCGACGACGACGCCACGUCUAAGUACACGAAUUUAAUCGAGAAACGGCUCAGUGUCGAAUCCUUAACAGAACUAUGUCGUUAUCCCGAAAAAUCGGACAUAAUUGCCGCUCCUAUGAGAAAGAAUAAUCACUCCCGUUACGAACGUGCUGUGAUUGAGGAGUUCCUAGGAAACGGAAGAUUCAACGUUCUUUUUAUUGAUCACGGCUCUACGGCCGAGUUGCAUUACAAUCGUCUGCGAAAAAUCAACGACCCCGAGAUCUUGAAAAUUCCCUGUCUGGCGUUUCGUUGCAGAUUGGUGUCUCUGCGACCUUCGAGUCAAGCCAAUUUCUACGGUCAGUGGUCGACGGUCUCGAAUGAUUAUUUCAGAAAGCAGAUCGAGGAGAGCGAAAAGAUUUACGGACAAAUUUACUCGGUUGUUGACAGCGUUGUUAAUUUGGAGUUGAUCACUUGCAGUCAGAAAAGACAGAUAAAUGUCAAUGACGUUUUGGUCGAGAAAGGAUUGGCGGUGAAGACGGAGGAGAGUUACUUGUCGAAGCAUAAUCAUGAAAGGAGAGUGCGCAUGAUGAAUAUAGAGAAGAUCACGGUGGAGGAGAGACAAUUUUACGAGGAGGAACAGUACGAUCGCGACUACUUGGUGUCGCAAUAUCCCGAUCCGCCUGACGAGAAGAACUGCUCCGAUACAGUAGUCCUUCGCGGUCCGUUUUCUCCUUUGGAAAUGGAACUGAUCCAAUUAACACAAGCUGGAAAGUCCAAGAAAAUAUCUGUAGAUCCAAACUCCGUGAAUUCUAUCCUUCUUGACAUCGAUCCCACUCAGACGCAGAAUCGUUUUCUGGUCGCCCAGAAUGUACAAAAAGUGUUUUCUAACGAUAAUUUAAUUCUGAGAAACACGACGUUUCUGCCGAAUAUUCCUGGAUUCGCGUCGUUGCUCGCGCUGUGCUUUGCGCCGCGCAUAGAGCUGAGAUGCGAUUCACGACGGAUGUAUUACACUGGGGCGUUGUGCGGCCUGGGUCCGAUGGACAGUUGCACCAAUCGGUCUAUGUUUCCAGAGAACGACAUGGAGAUCGAAUUUGACGUGGAAAUCUCAAUUGACGACAUGUUGGAGGUAAAUAAAUUACGUUACUGGAUGAGCAGCGCGAUGCAAAUCGGCAACGUUUCCGACAACGAGUUCAUUGUGAAUUGUCAGAAUCAAAUCACACGGAGUUUGUUCAAACUCAAAGACAGACAAAGAAAACCGCUGAAAUCGCUCAUAAGCAACGACGAUAUCAUGUACAAAUGGAACUGUUUCGACAGCUAUUAUUGUCCUCGUUCAGAAAACGUGAAGGAAAAUAAUAUAUAUACGUUUCACAAAGUAUUACAGCUGUACGAAAGAAAUGAGAAAGAAGAAGAGUUGGUGGAGAAUGUCCUUGAAUUGCAUAAUCUUGCCAGAGAGGAGACACUGUCGCAGUCAACAAAUAUUUUCUGCAAGUUGUGCGAUGUGCAAAUAGUUGGCCUGAUAUUGUUACGUGAGCACUUGUGUACGGAAAAACAUAAGGAAAAGAUGGCAGCGUUACAAAUCAAAGUAGAUUGACAAAUUCGUGCUGUUUUUCAUGUCAUUUUGUCACUUAUGGAAAAGACAAAACGAUUUAUAUUAACAAUAUAUUAGUUGUUUUUUUGUGUUGCAAAAUUUUGUAUCAACAGUUUAUUAAACGCAUUACUCAAUA